CCUCGUUCGCAAUUCUUCUCGAGUCUGUCUCCCACGCCCUCCGUUCAGUACACUCGCAAGAUCCUGACACACCAGACGGAUUGAGAUCGACGUCCGUUCUGUUCGCCCUAUCCGCAUAUCACGACCGAAUCAAACAUAGCCGGACCUGUACCAAUCACCUGCAGGACUGACGUGGACCGUAACAACCACACUCUGAGCUCCCUCUUUCAAAGCCAUCAUGGAUGCCCGCCCUGGGGCCUUCCAGCUACCCAUCCCCCCUCCCCCGCUGCACACACGUACCGCCGACAUGGCGCGUCCCGCAACACCUCGGCAAGAUGCUUUCGUGAGCCCACAGCAGACCCCGCAAGGUAGUCCGAGCAAGCACCACCAGCCGCCUGGCGCAUUUGACUUGCCACAUGUCUUCGAGAAUGCUAUGCGGCUGCUGCCCACCAUUGGUUCACCUACCAAGUCCAAGCCCGGCACUCCAACCUCACCGAACAAGACGAACAUCUUUGGUGGUGAUGGGGAUCUCGCAGGGCAUGAGGUAGCCGGUAGCCCCACACGGAAGUCCAACAAAGAGAACACGCCGCCGGGACUGCGCCCAGGCUUAGGAAAAGAAACAUCAUUUGUCACUCACGCUGCCCAGUCUCGCCAGGAGCCGUACCGCACGCGGGAACUCGAGUCACAGUCAUCGCGUUACUACCACGGUCCUCACCGCCUUUCUGCUGAAGAGCUAGAGAAAGCACGGAAGCCAUCAGUCAAGCGCCUUGCUAAUGUUACCCAGCUAUACUUUCUGGAUUAUUAUUAUGAUUUGCUCACCUACGUCCAUACGCGUCAGAACCGGUUGAGCCAAUUCAAAGCACAAAACCCGCCACCACCCGCGACUCCCGAAGCAGAGUAUAAUGAAGCGCUCAAUCAAUAUCUAGGGCGCGAACGAGCCAACCUGAGGAAGCGGAGGACUAGAUUGCGUCAUGGCGAUUUCCAGAUACUCACACAAGUUGGCCAAGGAGGGUAUGGCCAGGUCUUUUUAGCCCAGAAGAAGGAUACCCGAGAAGUGUGCGCCUUGAAGGUCAUGAGCAAGAAGUUGCUCUUCAAAUUGGACGAGGUGCGCCAUGUCCUGACCGAGCGGGACAUCUUGACGACCGCGAAGAGCGAAUGGUUAGUCCGCCUUCUCUAUGCCUUCCAGGACGAGAAGAGCAUCUUCCUCGCAAUGGAAUACGUGCCCGGUGGCGAUUUCCGCACCUUGCUCAACAACACGGGUGUCUUGCAUAACCGCCAUGCGCGCUUCUACAUUGCGGAGAUGUUCUCAUGUGUCGAUGCUCUCCACCAACUUGGCUAUAUCCACAGAGAUCUCAAACCGGAGAACUUCCUCAUCGACAGCACCGGACAUGUGAAGCUGACAGAUUUUGGCCUGGCAGCGGGUAUGCUCGCUCCGGCCAAGAUCGAGUCGAUGCGGAUCAAGCUCCAAUCCGUCGGCGAUGUCGUCGCACUAGGAAGACCCGUCGAGGAGCGGACCGCUGCCGAACGCAGGGAGAACUACCGCUCCUUGCGAGAACGAGACGUCAACUACGCAAAGUCCAUAGUCGGCAGCCCGGACUACAUGGCUCCCGAAGUGCUCAAGGGCGAGGAGUACGAUUUCACCGUCGACUACUGGAGUCUGGGAUGCAUGCUCUUUGAAGCUCUGGCAGGUUAUCCACCCUUCGCCGGCGCUACCGUGGACGAGACCUGGCAGAAUCUGAAGCAGUGGAAGAAGGUGCUACGCAAACCUGUAUACGAGGACCCUUCCUAUUUCCUUUCGAAGCGCACCUGGGAUCUCAUUACUCGACUCGUUGCAUCGAAGUCUAGCCGCUUCCGCGGUAUCCAGGAGAUCCACUCACAUCAGUAUUUCGCUGAGGUUGAUUGGGACCGUUUGAGAGAGCAGAAAGCACCCUUCGUUCCCGAGCUGGACUCUGAGACCGAUGCCGGAUAUUUCGACGACUUUGGCAACGAGGCCGAUAUGGCAAAGUACAAAGAGGUGCAUGAGAAACAAGCGGCGCUUGAGGCUAUGGCUGAGAGGGAUGAGAAGAUGGGAAAGAGUUUGUUUGUCGGUUUCACGUUCCGGCACAAGAAGACGACGGAUGAGGCAGGGAAGCCGGCGAGUCCAAGAAAGCCGCUUCCCGUCGUAGAUGAGAACUUUGGGACGAUCUUUUAGGUUUUGCUUCUUUUCUGGCCGUUCUUUGGCUUCGGACUUGUUUUACUGGUAUCUUUAUCUUAGGAGGGGCGCGAUGCUGGGUGUUGCGGCCCCUUCUUCUUUCCUCUUAAGCGGAUUUCAACGCGGUGGUGCUUGUUUGUCAGGGGGAAUGGAGGGAUUCGGGAAGGUGAGGCAAUGGCGUGGAGGGUUCAAAGGGCGUUCUGGGCAGGUGGAUUGCGGUCGCUAUUCACCCUGCUUUUCAUGAGAAGACGUCGUCUAUGGGCAAUACGCGUUUGAUGGGGCGUGAAGAGGAUUGCAGGCCGUGAGGUGGCAUUGUGGCAUUGUGGCAUUGAUGUGUCAAUGAGGUACACGCAUGUCAUGGUUAGGAAGGGAAUAGAUAGCGAGGUAUGCUGGGAUUAAUGAAUGAGAUGCGUGGUUAUGCAUUGCUUCCCGGGG